AUGAGAUUAACAGCUUUACCAUCAGAGGUUGAUACACUUGUAUCUUUUCUUGUUUGGUUGGACUUGGCACAUUCCUUUUCAGGAUACGUAGAUUUCCUAGCAGCAGUAUCAAGAGAGCACCUAAAGUGUCACUUCUCAGACCCUUCUAAAGAUUAUAGAGUCAAGAGAAUUUUCUCUGCUUUGAGACAGUUUGUGGACAAAAAACCACAGUGCAUGAGUAAGGAUUUGUGGAUACGAGAUGCAGCCUUGGUAGCUAUUGGGUUGAGAACAAUAUGCCAUCCUGGUGAAUUAUGUAAAUUGAAAUUUAAGGAUGUGAAAUUCGGUGACAAAUUGUGCUGGGUGCGUAUAAGUUCCUCCAAAACAGAUCAAUUUGCAAAUGGGAAGUUUAUUCCUAUUGAAUAUACGGAUAGUCGGUACUGCCCAGUUAGGUUAUUAAAAAGAUACUUGGAAAUUAGACCAAAAACUAUGGAGGAUCAACCUCUUUUCCUGUCAAACCGGGGAAAGCAAUUGACAGUGGGAGCUGUCGGUGCUAUUGUCAAAAGAAAAGCAAGUAAUGCAGGAGCUAGUGGUAGAUUUACAGCUCAUAGCAUUAGGAUUGGUGGUGCAACAGCUGCAAUAGAAGCAGGCUUAUCUUUAACACAAAUACGAGCCAUAGGUGGCUGGGACAGCAAGGCAGUCAUGUUGUAUUUGAGGUCCUGA